CGCAACCCUCUCCCCUCUGCUCUAUCAACGCCGGAAGGGCCUCAAUUGCAGCUGAAUUAAGCCCAAUAUUGGCCACAAUGCUCGCACGGCAUACCCCCUCGUCGCAAUCGCUGAGCGCCGUCUCUCACCGCGUCCUUCCGUCCGCCACCGCCGCCUCACGACUCUCUUCCACCUCAUCUACUCCCUCCCAGAGGAGACGAUUUGCUACCGUCCAGGAGGAUGCACCGAAGAAGGUCCAUGGAGGUCUAAGGGAUCAAGAUAGGAUAUUUCAGAAUCUUUACGGACACCAUGGUGCAGAUUUGGCAAGUGCCAAGAAAUAUGGCGAUUGGCACAAGACAAAGGAGAUCCUACUGAAGGGUCAUGAUUGGAUCAUCUCCGAGAUUAAGGCCUCUGGCCUCCGAGGUCGAGGUGGUGCUGGUUUCCCCUCGGGCAUGAAAUGGUCAUUCAUGAACUUCAAGGACUGGGACAAGGACACCAAGCCUCGCUAUCUCGUUGUCAAUGCCGAUGAGGGCGAACCCGGAACGUGCAAGGACCGCGAAAUCAUGCGCAAAGACCCCCACAAGCUCGUCGAAGGGUGUCUGGUAGCUGGCCGUGCUAUGAACUGCACUGCUGCCUACAUCUAUAUCCGUGGCGAAUUCUAUCACGAAGCGACUGUUCUGCAACGAGCUAUUCAGGAAGCCUACAAAGACGGUCUUAUCGGGAAAAAUGCUUGCGGAUCCGGCUACGAUUUUGAUAUAUAUAUCCACCGUGGAAUGGGCGCCUAUGUUUGCGGUGAGGAGACGUCACUCAUUGAGUCUCUAGAGGGUAAACCUGGAAAGCCUCGUCUAAAGCCCCCAUUCCCCGCUGCCGUCGGUCUUUUCGGAUGCCCCUCUACCGUCGCGAACGUGGAGACCAUUGCCGUGGCUCCAACAAUCGUUCGGAGAGGAGCCAACUGGUUCAACUCAUUCGGUCGUGAGCGCAACUCCGGCACCAAGCUCUUCUGUAUCUCCGGCCACGUCAACAACCCCUGCACCGUCGAGGAGGAGAUGAGCAUCCCCCUGCGCGAGCUAAUCGACAAGCACUGCGGCGGUGUCAUUGGCGGCUGGGACAACCUCAAAGCCGUCAUCCCCGGCGGAUCAUCGACGCCCAUCCUGCCCGCCCACCUUUGCGGCGACCAGCUCAUGGACUUCGACGCCCUCAAGGACGCCCAAUCCGGUCUCGGCACUGCCGCCGUCAUCGUCAUGGACAAGUCGACCGACGUCGUCCGCGCCAUCACCCGCCUCGCAAAGUUCUACCACCACGAGUCGUGCGGCCAGUGCACGCCAUGUCGUGAGGGCUCAAAGUGGACGCACCAGAUCAUGCAGCGGUUCGAGAAGGGCAUGGCGCGGGAGCGUGAGAUCGACAUGCUGCAGGAGCUGACCAAGCAGGUCGAAGGCCACACUAUCUGCGCGUUGGGCGAAGCAUUCGCGUGGCCGCUCCAGGGGUUGAUCAGGCAUUUCAGGCCCGAGUUGGAGGCGAGGGUUAGGGGAUACAAGGAGACGCAUGGUGAGGAGGCCUUUGCGGGCGGAUGGGCCCCGGGCUCGGAUAAGAAGGGCCUGUUGAUUUCGCCUGGUCAGUAGUGUGAGCAUAUUGUAUAUUGCAUCUCGUUUUGUUUGUCGGUCUGGGUCUGGCCCCGCAAUUGUGCAUAUCUAUCUUAGUGGGAAGACUUUGACUUCAGAAUGGCGUUCUCUGCUUGCUGCAACGUGAAUCUUGACCGAUUUAUCAAUUACCCUCCAAAUUGCUCCAGAAGCAACCGGAAUGCUCACGACGUGGCGAUCUUGCGGGCCCUCCCCGUGAUACCCCUCCGCGGCACCAGGUUGACACGCUUCGUCCUCAUUCGACUCCAACAACUCCGCGUUCUUCUCUUCUGCCACGUUUCAUACCCAACUCGAAUUCAGACCAUCCCUAAACCAAGACACUGAGCCAAUACCUCCACCCAAAAGAGGAAUUCCAUCCAAAACGCCAAUCACACCAAGCUUUACCCAAACACCAUCAUACAAAACUCCCACACUCAACCGACACUCCCUACAGUAAUCACCCCAAACAAAUCCCC